UCUUGUCUCUCCCACCCAAACUUCCUCUUGUCUUUUCCAACUUCCCCUUUUGCUAAAGCAAGAGAGAGAGAGAGAGAGAGAGUGUGUGUGUGUGUGUGUCCCAAGAUGUCAAGCAGAAGGUCCAGGAUCUCAGAGGAGGAGAUCACUGAGCUCAUCUCCAAGCUCCAGUCUCUUCUUCCCGAGACCCGCCGCAGAGGCGCAAGCAGAGCUUCAGCAGCAAAGGUACUGAAGGAGACGUGCAACUACAUCAAGAGCCUCCACCGGGAGGUGGACGACCUUAGCGACCGCCUCUCGGAGCUGAUGGCGACCAUGGACGUCGACAGCGCCCAGGCCGAGAUCGUGCGGAGCCUCUUCCGUUCCUGAGCUACUUAAAGAGUGAUCAGAAAAGAGACAUCUCUGCUGCUUCCUUGUUGUUCAUGUAAAUUUUCUUUGAGGUCAGGCUCGAGUUGCUUUUGUCUAUGAACAACCGACCGACCACUACUUGCAAAAGCAUUCAUGUACUCCAUGCA